UUCUCCGGGGUGAUCAGAUGGCGUCGACAGCUAUUGUUUUGGUGGGAGUUGUGCUGGGUUUGGUUUCCUCAGGCUGGGCUUACGAGUUCCACGUCGGUGGAAGCCAUGGAUGGGUGGAACACCAUCACGAGAAAUACAACAGCUGGGCCGAGAGGAAUCGGUUCCAAGUCAAUGACACGCUCCUGUUCAAGUACAAUCCAGGGAAAGACUCUGUUUUGGUGGUGACGGAGACUGCCUACAAGUCAUGCAACGUGACCAGCCCCAUCCAAAGCUACACCGAUGGCAACACCAUCUUCAAGUUUAACCACUCCGGCCCCUUCUACUUCAUCAGCGGCGCCGCCGGCCACUGCAAUCGUGGCCAGAGGCUCAUCGUGGUCGUGUUGGCUAUCAGACACCACAAGUCCCAUCGGCUACCCCCACCGGCGGUGGCGCCGACCCCGUCGACACAUGGAAGUCCACCGCCAUCCUCCUCUGCAUCGGGUUCGGCCGUUUCGAGAGUGUACCUCGGAGUAAUGGUGGCCAUGGCGCUGGGACGUGCGCUUCUAAUUUGACUCGGCGGAUGAAAUCUGCCGAUCCUCUUUGUCUUGUUGCUCUGCCUAUUGUUGGUUGUCAUCUGAACCACCCCCCAGCCAGAAUUAUUAACUUGAUUGAUGUCGUUUGGUGUUUAGACUUUUUUUUGUCAUUUCCAGAAUACCGUGCCGACGUGAGAGACGCAUGCGUGGUAUUGAAGUUGUUGGUCAAUGGUCAUUUUACUUGCCCUCAUUUGUGGGUUUAGACUUUGGAGUUUCCAUCCAAACUUUGUCGCCGUUUGCAUGAUGUGGACGCAAGUACAUGUAUCACAUGUGGAUGCAAGUACAAGGAAAAAAGUCUUAUGUUGUUC